CACUGUGGCAUAAGGCAUAGCUUAGCAGUUAGCUUUCAUUUUCCUGUCCUGAGGAAAAUUUUGAAUUAUUUUUAGGAAAGUGUAAAAGUGAAUGGAAAUUUAAUAAGGAAAGUCAUCAUGGAAUCGUUGAAUUCUUAUAUUAGCGAUGGUGAAAGCGAUUCAUCGCCCGGUCCAGAAGUCGGUCGAAAAUCGAAUUCCAGCCAAGAAGAAGCCGACGCCAAUUGUGAACCAAUCACUAUGGAUAUGAGUGAGGAUUCGUGUAGCAGCGAAGAAGCCAAAAAUGAAACCACCGAACCACCCAAAAGGCAAUACUCCAAAAGUCUUUCACCUUCGCCUGCCACUUCUUUUUCGUCUCGAGAUUCGUCGCCGGAGCCGAAAAAACGUAAAGAAGAUGAUCGCAAAGAAGCUUCCCCCAAGGUGAAAGAGUCGUCCAAAAGUCGUCGACGCAGUGAUGAUGAUCGUCGCAGGAAAGAUAGGGAUUGUAAACGUGAUGAUGAUAGAGAUUAUAAACGCGACGACGACAGAGAUAGAAAAUACUCCAGCAGAGAUAGAAGUAGAGAUAGACAUAGAGAGAAAGAUUCUGAUCGUUAUCACAGCAGCAGUAAACGAUACGAAAGUAAAAGAUCACACAAAUCGAAAUCUCGAUCAAGAUCUAGAUCUUACAGCAGACACAGUGCAAGCAAUAGUAGCAGUUCUAAACGUAAAGCAAAAUCGAGAUCUAGAUCCAGAUCGAGAAGCCGUGAUCGCCAUCAUUAUCGCUAUGAUUCACAUAGAUCGUCCAAACGUCGAUCACCUUACAGAUCACGAAGAAGUCGCAGUCGAUCUCAUUCGAAAGAAAAAUCUAGAUCCUAUGAUUGGAAAUCCAGUUCUAAGAUGAAAGUACUCGAAAAACUGGGAAUUGAAAUUAAAGUACCUCCGGGAGGUGUUGAAGCUGCUCAGGCUAGUAUCGCCGUUGCCCAGGCCACCAAUAAUCAACUCACACCUCAACUUUUACUACAGAAAACUAUGGAAGAACAGGUAGAAAAAGUGAAAACAGCAACGGGCAUAGAACUACCUUCGUAUUACAAUCCUAUCGCCGUGAAUCCCACCAAAUACGCUGAGCAAAUACAAAAACGAAGAUUACUCUGGGGCAAUAAAGAUAAGCAACCGGUUAAACCAGCCGAAGAAGUCCAAGUAGCGGCGGCCAAACCAACUGAUGUCAAAGGUAGCGGAACCAUCUGGCAAGGAGCCACUUUCGGUGGAGACCAAGAUGGCAAAAUGACAGCCAAGUUUCAACGUUUAAUGGGUAUAAAAAAUGUAGAUAAAGAAGGAAGCGGAGAUGCAUCAAAACCUCCCACUGGCGGUUCCGAUUUGAUCAAAAAGCAAGAAGAAAUGUUUCACUCGAUGGAAAGUCAAUACGAAGUUGCUCGUUUGGCAACUCAUUCUCAUCGAGGUCUAGGUUUAGGUUUCGGCACUUUUCAGCCGAGAUAAUUGUGCCUACCUCUGCUUCACUGCUGUUUUACUAACCUGUGACUUGGAUUUUUUAAAGAAGCUGGUAUUCUCGACUGUUCUUACGUCGUCGUGUCAAAGAAAUUGGAUACGUAUAAGGAUGCUUACGUAGAUAACAGAUUUUAUCACGUUGCUUUGAUUUUACCAUUUGUUUUACCCCGGAAAGAAUCAUAAUCUUAUCAAGAAUAAGUACAUGGUGUUUGUGAGGAAAUGUACAGUGUUGUAGUUUUUUGUUCCUAAUAUGAGAUGUUUUUUUUAACGUAGUCUUUUAAGUAUAUUUUAUUAUGUAAAUAAAUGAUUGAAUAAAAAAGA